AUGGAGAGUUUAUUUGGUAAUCCAGUUAUUGAUGAAAGUACAACAAGCGCUCACUGGCAUACAUAUUCACCAUUCUUGAGUUCAUUUAAUAAAAGCGAUAUUAUACGCAUACAGAUACAAAAUCAAAAUUUAAACAUUUUACCUUUUACCAGUUUACUUUAUAUUGAAGGCACUAUUACAAGAGUUGAUGGCAGUGAAGCAACUAAAACAAAACUUAUAAAUAAUGCUAUCGCAUUUUUAUUCGAUGAGAUACGGUAUGAGUUAAAUGGGAAAGAAAUUGUUAACAAUAGAAAUGUAGGUAUAACAUCAUGUUUAAAAAAUUACAUUUCAUUAAACAAAAAUGAGAGUCAGGCACUUAUUAAUGGUGGCUGGUCACCUGAACAAUCAAUUCAACCACAAACUUUAUUUUUUAAUUAUUGUAUUCCGUUAAGAAGACUUUCAGGAUUUGCGGAGGACAAAAAUAUUGUGCCGAAUGCAAAACAUGAACUAAUUUUAACACGUUCAAGAUCUGAUGAUAAUUCCUUUCUUUGCUCUGAUGUCAAUGAGAAACCGAAAAUUCAACUGAUCAAAGUGCAAUGGACAGUACAGCACAUCAAUUUAGCUGAUACAUUGAAAUAUCAAAAUUGGGAAUUGUAUGAAAAUCCAUCGUUACCACAAAAUACUAAUCAUCAUAUUUGGAAUGUAAAAACAACAACUCAAUUGGAAAAGCCACGAUAUAUUAUUUUUGCUCUACAAACAGAUAAAGUUGAUCAAGUAACAAAGGACACAUCAAAAUUUGAUCAUUGUAAUAUAACUGAUCUAAAAGUUUACCUUAAUUCAGAAUGCUAUCCGUAUGAAGAUAUGAAUUUACUAUUUGAAAGAAAUCAUUAUAGUAUUGCUUAUGAUGAGUACACAAGGUUUCUAAGUAGUUAUUAA